ACCCCUGCAGGCGAGUAUGGAAGUUAGGUGUCAAGCUUCCAGAGACUUGGGUCACGGUACAUUAUUCCGUUUAGGAAUCAAACUAAAAUGAGAUGCAGAAAGUUGACAGGUGGUCUACUUAAACUUCAAAUGCCAUAUCACCUAUCGUGUCAAGCACGAAAUAUCCCCCCAAAUCUGUGUUAAUUGGAAUUGCUCCGUCAUCUUCCAUACUUGUAAAUUUUUUUUUUAACGUUUCAUAUAUAAAAUCAGUUAAUCAUUUACUAUUAUUAAUUAAUUCCAUGAUGCUGAAUUUACGCUAUUUUCGUUUCUCAACAUCCCCCUUUCUUCUUCUUCUAAUUUCUCUAUUUUCUUCCCAAAAUCCCAUAGUUUUCUUCCUUUUAAAUUACCCACUAAUACUACUCGUUCACAAAUGGGUUCUUAUACGACGUCGUCGUCAUCAGCACAAGGUGAAAGCAUGAAUGGUAAACUCAUAUUUCGCCAGUUAUUUGAGAAGGAAUCAUCUACAUAUACUUACCUUCUUGCUGAUUCUUUCCAUCCUGAUAAGCCAGCACUGUUGAUUGACCCCGUGGACAAAACAGUGGAUCGUGAUCUUGCACUUGCUAAAGAAUUGGGAUUGAAGCUUAUAUAUGCUAUAAACACGCAUGUUCAUGCUGAUCACGUCACUGGCUCUGGCUUGAUUAAGACUAAGGUGCCUCAUGUGAAAUCGAUAAUUUCCAAAGCAAGCAAUGCAAAAGCUGAUCUUUUUGUCGAACCUGGUGAUAAAAUCUACUUUGGAGAUAUCUUCUUGGAGGUUCGUGCAACUCCUGGUCAUACAUUAGGCUGUGUUACCUAUGUUACAGGAGAUGGAGUCGAUCAGCCUCGGCCAAGGAUGGCAUUUACUGGUGAUGCUCUAUUGAUUAAGGGAUGUGGAAGGACAGACUUUCAGGGUGGAAGUUCAGACAAAUUAUAUGAUUCUGUUCAUUCACAGAUUUUCACAUUGCCAAAAGACACAUUAGUAUAUCCUGCUCAUGACUACAAGGGGUUCACUGUCAGCACAGUGGGGGACGAGAUGCUUUACAAUCCACGCCUGUCAAAAGAUAAGGAAACUUUCAAGAAUAUCAUGCAAAAUUUGAAUUUGUCAUAUCCAAAAAUGAUCGACGUUGCAGUUCCAUCUAACAUGGUUUGUGGAUUGCAAGAAACAAAAUCUGAUCUGUGAUUUGAUUCUUUCAUGGUGCCAGAGGCUGUAAAUUGAGAGCAGGCUAUACACAUUUGUUAGUGAAAACUGACCAUGUAUGUUUGGCUGGAAAUGUUUAAUAUUGGUUUAUUCAAGGCAUUUUUUUUUAGAAAUAACUAUAUUUUA